GAGCCUGGGCGGGGCUCUCGGUGGGGAACUCCCCUUCCGAGGCCCAGGGGCGUCCGAGAGUCCGCGCGAGGCGCGGUGGUCGGGUCGUGCAGAGCGGCAGGGUGGCCCAGGUUACCGGCCGCGGCCGCCAUCUUGCCGGCGUCUGGUCUCCCGCGGCGGGAGGGGCGGUGACCAGGCCGGAAGCGGCAGUACGGCUGCCGCGCUGCCUCCCAGUGCUAUUAGAGAUGUCCUGGUGAGGAAUACAGAAUCAGCAUGGCUUUCUUUUGCUCAGAAACACUUGUUAAACUUGAAGAUCUGGAGGCUGGAAGUCUGAGAUCCGGGUGCCAGUAUAAUCCAGCUCUGGUGAUGGCUCUCUUGCUAGCUCACAGACAGCUGCCUUCUCCCUGUGUUUUUACAUGGGGAGAGAGUCCUGGUUUUCGGUGAAUGGACCUAACUGGACUCUUUGAGAUCAUCAAUAAACAUGAGUGGUACCAAACCUGAUAUACUGUGGGCACCACACCAGGUGGAUAGAUUUGUUGUAUGUGACUCUGAACUUAGCCUUUAUCAUGUGGAAUCAACUGUGAAUUCAGAACUCAAAGCUGGGUCUUUACGUUUAUCUGAAGACUCUGCAGCUACAUUACUGUCAAUAAAUUCAGAAACACCCUAUAUGAAAUGUGUCGCUUGGUAUCUCAAUUAUGAUCCUGAAUGUCUCCUAGCAGUUGGACAAGCAAACGGUCGAGUUGUACUUACAAGUCUAGGUCAAGAUCAUAACUCAAAGUUCAAAGAUUUAAUAGGAAAAGAAUUUGUUCCAAAGCAUGCACGACAGUGCAAUACCCUGGCAUGGAAUCCACUGGAUAGUAACUGGCUUGCUGCUGGUCUAGAUAAACAUAGAGCUGACUUUUCAGUGCUGAUUUGGGAUAUCUGCAGCAAAUAUACUCCUGAUAUAGUUCCCUUGGAGAAAGUAAGACUUUCAGCAGGUGAAACUGAAACAACAUUAUUAGUAACAAAACCACUUUAUGAGCUAGGGCAGAAUGAUGCCUGCCUCUCUCUCUGUUGGCUUCCACGAGACCAGAAACUUCUCCUUGCAGGUAUGCAUCGUAACCUGGCCAUUUUCGAUCUUCGGAAUACAAGCCAAAAGAUGUUUGUGAAUACAAAAGCUGUUCAGGGGGUGACAGUAGACCCAUACUUCCAUGAUCGUGUUGCUUCCUUCUAUGAAGGCCAGGUUGCAAUAUGGGAUCUUAGGAAAUUUGAGAAGCCAGUUUUAACUUUGACUGAGCAACCUAAGCCCCUAACAAAAGUAGCAUGGUGUCCAACUCGGACUGGUCUGCUUGCAACUUUAACAAGGGAUAGUAAUAUUAUUAGAUUAUAUGAUAUGCAGCACACACCCACUCCCAUUGGGGAUGAAACUGAACCCACAAUAAUUGAAAGAAGUGUGCAACCUUGUGAAAAUUACAUUGCUUCUUUUGCUUGGCAUCCAACAAGUCAGAAUCGAAUGAUAGUUGUAACUCCCAACCGAACAAUGUCUGACUUCACUGUUUUUGAAAGAAUAUCUCUUGCCUGGAGCCCAAUUACAUCUUUAAUGUGGGCUUGUGGUCGUCAUUUGUAUGAAUGUGCAGAAGAAGAAAACGAUAAUUCUUUAGAAAAGGACAUAGCAACAAAGAUGCGCCUUCGAGCUUUAUCAAGGUACGGUCUUGAUACAGAACAGGUGUGGAGAAACCAUAUUUUAGCUGGAAACGAAGAUCCACAGCUCAAGUCACUCUGGUAUACUCUGCACUUUAUGAAGCAGUAUACAGAAGAUAUGGAUCAGAAAUCUCCAGGCAACAAAGGAUCAUUGGUUUAUGCAGGAAUUAAAUCAAUUGUAAAAUCAUCUUUGGGAAUGGUGGAAAGUAGCAGACAUAGUUGGAGUGGGUUGGAUAAGCAAACUGAUAUUCAGAAUUUAAAUGAAGAGAGAAUCUUAGCUUUGCAGCUUUGUGGAUGGAUAAAGAAAGGAACAGAUGUAGAUGUGGGACCAUUUUUGAACUCCCUUGUACAAGAAGGGGAAUGGGAGAGAGCUGCUGCUGUGGCCCUGUUCAACUUGGAUAUUCGACGAGCAAUCCAAAUCCUGAAUGAAGGGGCAUCUUCAGAAAAAGGUGAUCUGAAUCUUAAUGUGGUAGCCAUGGCUUUAUCGGGUUAUACGGAUGAGAAGAACUCCCUUUGGAGAGAAAUGUGCAGCACUUUACGAUUACAAUUAAACAACCCGUAUCUGUGUGUCAUGUUUGCAUUUCUGACAAGUGAUGCAGGAUCUUAUGAUGGAGUAUUGUAUGAAAACAAAGUUGCGGUGCGUGACAGAGUGGCAUUUGCUUGUAAAUUCCUGAGUGAUAGUCAGUUAAAUAGAUAUAUCGAAAAGUUGACGAAUGAAAUGAAAGAGGCUGGAAAUUUGGAAGGGAUACUUCUUACAGGCCUCACUAAAGAUGGAGUGGACUUAAUGGAGAGUUAUGUCGACAGAACUGGAGAUGUCCAGACAGCAAGUUACUGCAUGUUACAGGGUUCUCCUUUAGAUGUUCUUAAAGAUGAAAGAGUUCAGUAUUGGAUUGAGAAUUACAGAAAUUUAUUGGAUGCCUGGAGGUUUUGGCACAAACGAGCUGAAUUUGAUAUUCACAGGAGUAAGUUGGAUCCCAGUUCUAAGCCUUUAGCACAGGUGUUUGUGAGUUGCAAUUUUUGUGGGAAGUCUAUCUCCUAUAGCUGUUCAACUGUGCCCCAUCAGGGCAGAGGUUUUAGUCAGUAUGGUGUCAGUGGAUCACCAACGAAAUCUAAAGUCACAAGUUGCCCUGGAUGUCGAAAACCCCUUCCUCGAUGUGCACUUUGCCUCAUUAAUAUGGGAACACCUGUUUCUAGUUGUCCUGGAGGAUCCAAAUCCGAUGAAAAAGUAGACUUGAGCAAGGACAAAAAAUUAGCUCAAUUUAACAACUGGUUUACGUGGUGUCACAAUUGCAGGCACGGUGGGCAUGCUGGACAUAUGCUUAGUUGGUUCAGGGAUCAUGCUGAGUGUCCUGUCUCUGCCUGCACGUGUAAAUGUAUGCAGCUGGAUACAACAGGGAAUCUGGUACCUGCAGAGACUGUCCAGCCAUAAAAUGUUAUCACCUAAAAAACCUUCAAGUGUGGAACUUUCUAAUAGAUGUCCUUCAUAGCUCAGAAACAUACCUCAGAACAAGUCACACAUGACUUUCCUGUAAUGGGAAAAUAAAUCAUUCUAUCAAAUCAGCAAUUUGAUGUUUGAGUGAUUUUGAUGUACUUUACAGAGACAAAUGCUACUAAAAUGAACAUCAGAGUGUGAGUAUGAGUUUUGUUCAGUAGGUUGAAAAAAUUCAUUUUGGAGAGAACUUUGUAGCAUUUCAUUGAAAUUAUGAAAACUGUGUAAGCAGAAUUUCUGGAAUAACCAAGAAUAGACCUUGAACCCAUACUUUUUAUGUUGAAAUUUGAUCUUUCAGCAAAAUCUGUACACUUUUAAAUCGAAUAUGACCAUUGAUUUAUAUAAUAGUUUAAGCUCACCCAUGCUUAAAUUCUUUUCAGAUGAAUUUAAAAUUGUGGAUUUUUAUUAUUACUUUUAGAAUUAGGGAGCACCCUACCCUACACUGGAGACUUAUUUAUCAAGGUAUGAUUGAUAAAUAUAUUUUUGUAGAGUCUUUUCCUUCAUACACUUUUAAGAUAAAUCUUUUGGUACAAAAUAUUAUUGUCUUCCUAAGACCAGUCAAAAUUGAAAAUGUCUUCCAACUUUUUCUCUUCUGAAGAGAAAAAUAUGCAUCAUUUCAAGGGAACAUAUAAAAUUUUACAUUUAUCCCUUUAUAAUAUCCUGGUUUGUCUUCAGAGAUUUCUCUCCCUAUUAAUUCAUCAUCUUAUGUUCAUCAUCUAGGAGCUUUUUACUGAAUACAAAGUCUAUACAAGAUUAUAUUUGACCAACCAUUCAACAUAAUCUUGUCAGUAUGUCCUUCUGUCAUAUUGCCUUUGUGGAUUAUCCUGUUUUUUCUAAGGUAGACUGGAGAUGUUGGGAAAAACAAGGUUACUUUGGAGACAAUUUUACACUGAAUAUCAAGUUGCUAAAAUUAAGUAUUUUGGGGCCAGUUCAGGGGCUAUAUUUUUAAAUUUUAUUUUUUCCCCUUUCACAGUAGAUAGUUGGACGAGAAAUACAAAGGAUUUAUACCAUCAUCUGACAUAUGCAGGGGACGGAACUGAAUUUCCUAGUUGAAGUUGCAUAUAUAGAAAAAUAAAAUGUAAGCCUAAAAGUUAGUUAUUUUAAUAGAUUUUCAAGAAAGAAAUCUAAACUGAAGAAUUUUAGGAGCUUUCAUGUUAGCAAUUUUACCUGGUGAAACUAAAUUGUAUUAGAUUAAUUUGAGAUCUGACCUAUGUACUGAACAGAAGUAGAUAAAAUUUUUUACUUUGAGAUCUGUUACAAAAGGCCCUUUUCUUUCUUCCUUCCUUCCUUUCUUCCUUCCUUCCUUCCUUCCUUCCUUCCUUCCUUCCUUCCUUCCUUCCUUCCUUCCUUCCUUUCUUUCUUUCUUUCUUUCUUUCUUUCUUUCUCUCUCUCUCUCUCUCUCUCCUCUCUCUCUCUCUCUCUCUCUCUCUCUCUCUCUCUCUCUCUCUCUCUCUCUUUCUUUCUUUCUUUUUUGUCUUUUUAGGUCCCCACUAGCAUCAUAGGAAGUUCCCAGGCAAGGGGUCAAAUGGGAGCUAUAGUUGUUGGCUGACGUGGCAGCGUCAGAUCUUUAACCCACCAAGCGAGGCCAGGGAUGGAACCCACGUUCUAAUGGGUACUAAUCGGGUUUGUUACCGCUGAGCCAUGAUGGGAGCUCCAGUGAUGAUGGUCUUUUAUUUAAAUGAAAGAACUGGGUUAUGUAUAAUUUUUCCUUUAAACAAAGAUUGUUAUUAAGGGGACUUUUUCCAGUCUUCUUUUAAGUAAAUCUUCCUGAUUUCAUUUUACUGAAACAUACAUUUACCUUUAAAAUUGCUUUAAUUGAAAUAUUUCUUUCAAAUUUACUGUGUCCAAAAUAUGAAAAGUCAGCCUUAAGUACUGUCAGACUGCCAUACACUUUUUCAUUUCUUCUUAGCUAAAGUAAAUUUUUUAAAUUUACAUUUAGAAUAGGGUUAUAUGUAAAUAUUUAUAAUUUUGGGAAGUACAGUACAAGACAAAGUCUAUUAUAUAAAUAAUCUUGUUUGUAAUCAUAUGGGGUGACUUUUUAAGAAUAAUUUUUUAUGUCUGUGUGUCAACCUCCUAAUAUUUUCUUUGAAGCUCAGAUAUUCAUAUAAGAUGUCUGCUGUAUUUAUUUUGCAUUUUGUUGACUAUGAAAAUAGAUUUUUUUUUCAUUUUUAUUACUAGGUUACUAAUAUUUGGAGUUAUAAACUUAACAAGGUAUUUUACCUGAACAUAUUCAAUAGAAGUGUGUUUGAUAAAAGGUGUUUUUGUUAUUUUUUUAAAGAAUUGAAUAAAUUUGGAUUGAAGUCAGCAUGUCUAAUCUAGAAAUUAUCUAUGACCACUCUAUAAAUAACCCAAUAAAGAAAGUAAUAUCAGUACUGA